AUGAAAAUGCUGUCUAGAGGCCACGUGUGGUGGCCCCGCCUUACGCAAGAUGUUGAACAAACAAUGAAAGAAUGUGUCACAUGCCAGUUGACCCAAAAUGCGGCACCCAAAGUUCCUGUAAUGUCAUGGGGGGUGUCUAGGCGCCGGUGGGAGCGUGUGCACUCGAAUUUUGCUCAUCGUGACCAACAUUGGUUUCUAGUGCUAGUUGACUCAUAUUCAAAGUGGGUUGAAGUGUUUGUCAUGAAGUCAACUAGUAGUGAAAAGACAAUAGAGAAGCUGCGCACAGUAUUUGCCGCGUACGGGUUACCGGAAGAAGUGGUCACAGACAAUGGCCCGCAGUUUACAUCAGCACGUUUUGAGACAUUCAUGAGACGGAAUGGCAUUCGGCACACUGAAUCGCCUCCUUAUCACCCAGCAUCGAAUGGUAGCACGGAACGUUGUGUACAGACUUUAAAAAAUCUUCUUAAGCAGGUCAUGGACGAACAAAGAAAUGGGCAGAUGGAGACUCUCCAGCACCGGAUCGACCAGUUCCUAUUCAAUUAUAGGAACACGCCAACAGGCGUCACUGAAGACACACCAGCCCAGCUAUUCUUAUCGUGGAAACCUAGGACAAGGUUGAGCCUUCUCCAUCCGGAUAUCGAGCAAAGGAUGAAAGAAAAACUUAAGCGAACAAAUCAGUCGGCAAAUCAGCGACGAGGUGCGUGGAGGGACUUCGAGGAAGAAGGCGUCCUUGUAAAGGGUCUACCACCCGGGGAAGGGGAGUGGUUGAGCGGCAAGGUAAAUAAAUGUCCCUACCAAAUCCUGCGACAGCUUUCGGAUAUGACGUACGAGAUUGCUCAAGAAGAGCCUGGGACUGUGUAG